AUGGCCUCCAUCGCACCUCCCCCGGCCCCUACACUGGCAGACCUACCCCUCGAACAUCUCAGCCUCUACCAUGUCGUCGACUCGUGCCUAUCAUCGAUUCUCGUCUUUUAUGGAGCUGUCUCCACCGCCAAUGCCACCGUCAGUAGCUCUCGCAUUCAAGCCCAUAUAUUCACACCGGCCGGCUUCCAAAGCUACCCCCGAAUCACAGUCUCUCCUGCUGCACCGGUGUAUGCAGCCGUCAAACAUCUGCCCCGCGACAAGCAAGGUGACGAAGUGUCCCGCGGACUUGCCGUUAGCAUGUUGAGAUACUUUGCCGAGCUCUCUGAGCCAGUCAAGCAGCGUUUGACUGGUCUUGCCCGGAUUGGGCGACCAGGGGGGAAAAUACCGAAGAUGUUCGAUGAGAUGCAUGCAGCAGAUGUGGCCAACCGAAUGGUUAAGGUGGAGGACUCAUUGGAAAUAAUCCACGACAUUCGGACUGCAUAUCAAGAGCGCCGAGUACCAUGGAUUGACAUCGAUGUGGUUCUCCCUGCGGGUACCAUACAAGCGCCCAAUAGACGUGGCAGUGGAGGUUCGGAUCUUGACACCCAAACCCCCCAGUAUGGACCGUAUACACCGCUCAUAGAAGCACUGGGUGAUCCUAUGUUCUUGCCAACGUCCCGAUUGAAACGCGCGCCAUCUCAACCGACCAAUGUCAGCAAAUCGCGAUUAUUUGCAAGAAAUCAAAAAGAAGCCUUGCGCCUGACCAUGUGUGAGCUUGUGGACACGGAGGAGAGAUACGUUGCAAAGUUGUAUUCCCUUGUCCACGAAGUAGCCGAUGACUUCCUGGAGAAAGCCCAUGAGCGAGGACCUUCAAGCGAUAGUCCCGAUCAAGCGGCUUUGGCAGCACUGUUCCCACCAUGCUUGCGUGAAAUUUUGGAGGUCAACCUCGGCUUUUUGGAUGUCAUUCGACAAGUGCUUGACGAAACAGAGAAAGACGCCAUUACAGAUAUCGGGCAGGAUACUGAACUUCCUUCGCGGGGUUUGCCCAGGGACAGAAAGGAUGCACUUGGAGCUGUGGAAUUCGCGAAAGCUCUCUUUGAAUGGUUGCCCCGAUUUUCACAGCCAUAUGGGGAUUAUAUGCGAGCGCACACAGGCUUCACUCAGACGCUGAAUCUGUUCAUGCGAGACAAAAAUUCCAGCUUUUCGCAACGGGUCUACGAGACUGGAGAGCAAAGAUUGCGGUCUUUGCUCAUGGAGCCCGUUCAGCGACUUCCUCGGUAUAGUUUAUUGAUUGACACUAUGACCAGCAAUCUACCUUUGGUUCACCCUGCUGUGCGAACUCUGUUGAAAGCACGGGAUGUUGUAAAGGACAUCUGCGCGCUCGAAAAUGACUCGCCAUCAAGCCAUGCUCAAAGUCUGGACCGACUGAGGGAGCUUGCCAAUGGAUGGCCAGCCAGCAGGACGUUCCCUGAGGGUCGGCUGAUUACUGCGGUUGACUUUAAUGAGGUUGCUCCUCCUUUCCAGCUGGAGAUUUCAUCUGGACACAGUGCAGGAAUCAUGCUUCUCUACAAAAAUUGCAUGGUUCUGUUGGCAAAGUCCACCGAAAGUCGAGCCACGGCACGUGGUGUACUGGCAGAUAUCGACAACGCAGCCUCCUCAACAUCAGACAUGUCCUUGUCUCUCCAACCGUCAGAUCUUCAAGUUGUGCAAGUACUGGACUUUCAUAAUGUUCGCUGUAUGCAGUCCCAAUGCGGGCGAAUUAUGUUCGUUCUGCCUGUAUCAUCCAAGCCAGGAACAUCUGAGUCAAGUGCCGGGGCAGAUUUGCUUGCGUUGGAAUUGGCUACAACAUACGAAGGGAAAGCCAGCAGGCUGAUCGAAGAAAUAUCCAAGGCCAAGAUUGAAGGUCGAUUCACCGAGAGCGAAAGGGAAGGAGGGAAAUGGACACUCCGAAGCCCUCCCACCGCCGCCAGUAAUGUGGGAAUCCUGGCUUGCGUUUGCGAAGACGGCCAAACGGCCGCAUUGAAUCCUACCCACCAAUCUCCGAUUCGAGUCAUUUUCGAUGCCUCAAAAGCGACUUGUAGCCAGCUAUUAAAGGGCUCGAAAUUGGAAGUCAUAAUAUCGAUAUCCCCGCCCAACGGAGACCAUCAGUACAGGUUGGACAUUGACUCUGCGGUUGGCUCUGGAUCGGCAGAUUUGAUCACGGCGGAGACUUUUAUUCCCACCCUUGCAAGGCGCCUUCAAUACUUGUUAUCGCCUCUGCGUAGCACUCGAAACCCGGUCCUCACAGAUCCAUUGGUUCGUUCCAAUUUCGAAAUUCUCCGCUACGUAGCCAGCAGCUUGACUGCGCAAGUGAAAUCUUCACGGGGAUUCCGUCCACCUUCGCCCACCAAGCUUAUUUCGAACCUUUUGGGAGGAAGUCGGGACAACAUCUCUUCUUCAAAAGGCCCAGGAUCAGCUACUCUGACAGGUGACUUUCCAAAAAUGCUCCCACCCAGAGGCACUUUGUCAAGGUCAAAUACUUUACCUUCAACUUUCCCAGGAAAAGAAAAAGACAAAGAUAAGGAACGGGAAAGGGAAAAAGAGAAAGAAGAAAACAGCAGUAAGAUAUCAGUCGUCGGAGCAUCAACCUCCAAGGGAUUGGACACCCAGUUUGGAUUACUGGAGCAGACAUUCGCAGCUUUUGUGCUUUCUCUGCAGUCUCGAAGUGGCAAUAUCCUCGGCCGUAUGCUUCGUGUCAGAGACCAUGUCGACCGAGCCCCAGUCAACGAGCUCUACAAUAUUCUGUUGGAGGACCCAAGCAAGAUCCAAGCUGCUGCAGAAGUGCCGGUUGAUACGCUCUUCGUUGCAUUUGAAACCUUUUUGGCGAACGCUUGGAGCCAGGCCAUGGGCCCUAUCUUAAGCUCAUCUUCACUGAAGUGGGUUCAGAGCCAGUUCGAUACUAUGAUACCGCGCGAUUUCGACGAUCAGUUCCGAAAGUUCCUAGCAGAUAUGACCCCACAGAAUAGACGUGCUCUUGGCGCGAUCAUUCGGUUACUCGCAGAGCUGCUUGAUGCAUCGGGGAAUGACGGUGAUCGGGGUGCUCUGACCAUGGCGUUCGCUGAGGUGCUCACCGAAGAUGGUGACCCUAGUCACCAUGUCUCCUUGUUAGACCGCCUGGUUGAAGACUUUGAUAAUCUCUUUGAAGACUUCAUCCCUGGUGGUACCUCAGUGGAGGGAACACUAACAUGUGGUCAAUCCAAAAUCCACAACACGGGGUCAGUAGGCUCUAACUCAUCGUCUUUCCGGAAGCGCUUUGGCUUUGGGUCGCACAAGGAAAGCUCGAAAAACGAAGGCGAAGGAAAGGUAGCAUCUAUCCUAAGAACAUUGAGCAAGAAGCAAAGCCCGGCAGGAUCAGAGCCCAACACGCCCAAGGGUACCCUAACUCGCUCCAAGUCAACUGAUGUGGAUGCUCGCCUCGGGUUCCUUCGUCCCACUUCCAGCGAUCGUACAUACGGUUUUGCGUCAGAGGAAACAAUCUCGAGGCCAGGUACAGGCCACGAACAGCCUCCUUCAUUGUCAUCUUUCCGAGGUUUCUCUGAGGAUCGCGUACCUAGGACUCGCAGGAAGCGAAGGAGUUCAUUGUCAGACCUACGUCCUCCCACGGCAUCCUCAGAUGCCUCAAGCAUUUCCCCAACCCAACAACUACGCCCGACAACCCCGUCAAGCCACACACGCGGUGAGGUGGUAACACCCACCAAACAAUCCAGGCCUCAAAGCAGUUACAUUCCCAUCACGCCUAUGCGCGGCCAGUCCCCAAUGCGCUCCCAAUCACCAGCAAAAUCGAGCUCCCCCUCAAGACUGGGGUCACCAAUCCGUCGGUUAUCGCCACCCCGCCCGUCUACGCCAAGCAAAAAGGAAAACAUUGACCCUAGAACGCCAUAUACGGAGCGGGCAACCAAGUCAAGGAGGGAUAUCUCUGAAUCGCCGGGCGAAGAAGCAAAGAGAGGACCUCGUGCAUCCAGUAUUCCCCAGCGAACCCCAGGUCUACGAGAGCGGCCAAGCAGUAAUGUAUCCGAGAACAAGAGGCCACAAUCUUCAUCCUCUUCGCAGAAGCCGCAGAGAGCACGGAUGCAAAGUCCACAGAAGCUACGCGAGCGUGUUCAAUCGGAAAAGAAAACUCAGUACUCUAAUCAACUAGGCUUGAGAGAUGAGAUUGCUGCAAUCAGCGACGAACUGCGGUCUUUCAAGCUAACACCCCCAAGAGAACUCAGCCCAAUGGAUUUGAGCUUCAGCUUUGAUCGCGAAGACAGGCACACAUCUUCCGCUACUACUGCGUCGCUCGAAGCUCGCAUGCGCAACCUUGAAGCAAGAUUUGACACGCUGACCGCAGAAUGUAAUGGCCGCACAUCGGCCAUUGAAAAGGACUUGGAAUCCUCCUUGGUCCUCAGUGAGAGGCGCGUGAGGAAGUUAGACGAGCUUUAUCGCGAGGCAAGUGCCGAAAACGAGGCUCUUUAUGAUCGAUUCAACACCGAGCUCAGCAAGAUUGCCAAGGAUGUCAGAUCAGGACAUGCUGAAGACGCUUUGAAGUCCCAACUGGCGAGUGCUUUGGACGAGAUUGGUCGUGUCAAGAAAGAGAACUUCCGCUUGAAGCGCGAAGUCGGAGGCCUUCGAGCCCAAUCGGCCGCCCACGCGCUGCUCAAGGCGAGCGAGCAAUAA